UUUUAGACUGUUGCUACCACCUCAAGAACCCAGUUAACUGGUACUUAGUCACUGAGUUCAAGCUUGAGGACAUCAUACAUUCUCUCACUCUUCUCUUUAGCUAGUUGAAAACAUUCUCUCUGUAUAUAACUCACUAACUACUACUAAUGGCAAGGUUUAUUCCCCCAUUAUUCUGUUUCCUGUGUUUGGCCUUGUUUCAUGUGGGGUUUAGGUUCCCUUCAGCCUCGAGUCGCGCUCUCAACCCGCCCAACUUGUCCUUAAGGUUCGAGCAAUGGAUGGUGGACCAUGGUCGUGUGUACCAUGAUGACGAGGAGAAAGCUCAGCGCUUGGAAAUCUUCAAAGAGAAUAUUAGGUUUAUAGACUCUGUGAACAGAGAGAAUCGUCCCUACACUCUGAGUGCCAAUAAGUUUGCGGACCUAACUUAUGAAGAAUUCAAGGCCAUGUACCUGGGUCUUAAUGCUAAUGCUAGGGCCGACAGGGUCGCUGAGGCGACACUGUUCAGGUAUGAAAAUGGAUCGGUGCCAUCUGCCGUGGAUUGGAGACUGAAAGGUGCGGUGACUCCUGUCAAGGACCAGGGACAAUGUGGAUGCUGUUGGGCAUUUUCAGCUGUGGCAGCCAUAGAAGGCAUAACCAAGCUCAAGACUGGAAAUUUGUUAUCUCUCUCUGAGCAAGAGUUGGUGGACUGCGACAUCGAUGACGAUGACCAGGGCUGUAGUGGAGGCACCAUGGAUAACGCAUUCCAAUUCAUAGAGCACCAUGGCCUCACCACUGAGAAAAAAUACCCCUACCAAGCUGCUGAUGGUACCUGUAACAGCAACGCGUUGGCGUACCAUGUGGCCACCAUCAAAGGUUAUAAGGACGUUCCGGCAAACAACGAGAAGGCACUACAACAGGCCGUUGCUCAGCAGCCUGUCUCCGUAGGUAUAGAAGCAAGUGCUGCAUUCCAGUUCUACUCUGGUGGUGUCUUUACAGGUGAUUGUGGAACCAACUUAAAUCAUGGGGUCACAGCUGUUGGCUAUGGAAAAGAAGGUGAUGGCACCAACUACUGGCUGGUGAAGAACUCGUGGGGCCAGAGUUGGGGGGAGGAAGGGUACAUAAAGAUGCAGCGUGAUGUCCAUGCGGCUGAAGGACUUUGUGGAAUUGCGAUGAUGGCGUCAUACCCCAAUGCUUGAUCCCCAAUAAUUCACCUUAGUUUCCUUAAUAAUUGUUGCUUUUGGAGUGCUGCCUCUGUUUUGGGAUUCAAGCCCUCCCAAACAAACCUUGGGCAAGUUUGGGAUUCCUAACUUCGCAUCGAGUGUCUGGUGGCUGGUUUAGGCAGCUAUAGCUGAUCUUUGAUCCUGUCAUUUCUCUUAGCUGUAUUGGGCUUCAACUCUUCCUCAUUGUGCAUGUAAAAUUCUUUCUUUUCAAAGAAUUUCAUUGACUUGCAAAAACAA